UCUCCCAAGAGUUCCAAACUUUGUCCUUAAUUUGGUGUUGUCGUUCUUGCGAGCAGUUUUCUUCUCCACCACCCAAAUCUAUUCACUGUUUUUUGCUUGUGGCUUAGUUUGUUUUGUUAUUUUGAUAUCAUGGGAAAAUUCGGGACUUUUCUCACCCAAGUCCACUCACUUGCUGGGCCAAGUUUGACACUGCUUUACCCCUUGUAUGCAUCUAUUGUGGCCAUAGAGAGCACAUCAAAACUAGAUGACGAGCAGUGGCUGGCUUAUUGGAUCUUGUACUCGUUCCUCACUCUUGUGGAAAUGGUAAUUCAACCAGCUCUCGAUUGGAUACCAAUUUGGUACGAUGUGAAGUUGGUGUUUGUGGCAUGGUUGGUUCUUCCACAGUUCAAAGGGGCAGCUUUCUUGUAUGAGAGAUUUGUGAGGGAGAAUAUCAAGAAGUAUAAAGGGCAUGGCCCUCAUCACAAGUCCCCCAAUGGGAAAGGGAAGAACAAGUUUGUGGAUUUCAUCAUCCCCAAGAAAGGUGAGCAUGAGGCUUCUUAGAGAAGGCACAACUAGCUUUUCCGAGGAUCUUGACCUUCUCAUUCAAGACUCGGAAACUCCUUUCUUUUUCCCACUUUUGUUUUUGUUGGUCCCAUGUUUACUUUCCGGUUGUAAAUUGAUCUUUAACAAUGUACACGUUACUCCUUGUAAGGCUUUUGCGAUCCUUCAUCAGCUACUUUAAUAUCAGCCA